AUGUGCCGGCAAUAUCCUCAUUUCGCUGGCCUUAAACUCGCACAUCAACGGCAAGAUUCCUCCCGCCCCUCCACUCCAGGCAGGAAGAGCAGCACUCCUAGCCCCGCCCCGCUUGCCCCCGUCACACCUCUCGCGUCUCCACUAGCCCAUCGCGGCCGGUCGGACUCACAGCCGUUCGAGACAUACGAGGUUGAGCUGGCUGAGCCAACCACCGACGACGAUGAGCCACACAGCCCCCGCGGCGUCGAUGGUGAAGGAGACUAUCUCCGGAGCAAGCUGUGGUGGGCCGGGCUUGGGCUCAUGGGACUCGGCGAGACGGGCAACUUCCUCUCCUAUGGGUUUGCGCCAGCUAGUGUCGUCGCGCCCCUCGGGACUGUAGCGCUUAUUGCGAAUUGCUUCUUUGCCCCGCUCAUUCUGAGAGAAAGCUUCACGAGGCGCAAUGUGCUCGGCAUGACGCUCGCUAUCGUGGGUGCUGUCACUGUUGUUUGGUCCGCCACCGACUCAAAGCCGAGGAUGUCGCCCGACGAGCUGCUCGCGGCCGUGCUUGCGCCCGCCUUCCUGAUCUACACAGGGCUGAACAUUCUUCUCCUCGUGCCCCUCACUAUCCUCAGUGGGACGCAGUAUGGCGCACGCUGGAUCGGGAUCGACGUCGGUACUUGCGCCCUCUACGGCGGGUACACCGUCAUGGCCACGAAGGCGUUAAGCUCAUUGCUUUCUGCCGUCUUCCUCAAGGCAUUCGCGUACCCGAUCGCUUGGGUUGCCGUCGUCGUGCUUGUCGUCACGAGCGUGCUGCAGAUCAAGUACCUGAAUCGUGCGCUCAUGCGCUUCGAGUCAAAGGUGACUAAGAAGAACGCGAAUUUUUGUCAACUUUGCCUUUGGCAUCGCUACAACCUUUCUUGGCGUGUACUUCCUCACGAACCCGGUCGACCCCGUCUCGGCAUCGAGUACGCCCUGCCAUACGCCAGGCCUGCAGAGUGUGGACGAGGAGACGCCCUUGUUGUUCGAUGGAGCGUCGAGUAUCGCGCGCCGCUCAUCGCUGCGGCCACCAAUACCAGUUGCCGCGCCACCACGUGCGCUAGCGCACAAGCCGAGCGCUGGCAGCCUGACCCGCCUCCCCACCAGCCAGGGCGGGCUUCUCCUCAUCUCCUCAGCGCCAAGUACGCCAGUCAUGCUCCCGCGCAAUGGACGAGGGCGGAGCGACUCGGUCGUGGGCGGCGAAUCUCCUCUGUUGUCCCCUGUAUCAUCUAG